CAGUCAGCAGCGUCCGUGUUUGCGAUCAUUUAAAGAUCUCUCAACGUUUCGUGUCUCUUAUUGUUGAUUUGUAUUGUGGUUAAUCCGUAUCCGUGUCGCCUCCUCCGCCGUGGUCUUCUUUGAUAUUUUUAAACGUCUUCGUUUAGCUCUCGUAUAUAUUAAUUUAUAUUGUUGUUAUCGCAUUCAGUUUUAGUGCGCGGCCAACCGUAAAACAAACAAAUCAAAAUUCAUCAGUUCGAUCAUAAACUAUAACUUUUAGUGCCAGAUCGAAAGCAUUAAUGGAACGUGCCCUGUCCCAUGUGCGUGUGGAUUUCCCAUUGGCAUUAUCCGGAGACCGCAAACAGUCGGCAACAACACAACUGCUGAGCCCGUAAAAAGUGGAUGAAAUAUGAAGCGCGACGUUUCCACCUCGACCAUUGGUCGAGAUGAGGCCAGACGACCCCUCAUGGAGGCUUACAUGUUCCAGCGUCGAGUGCUCCUCGGCUGUAGCCUCUUGAUGGUCGUCUCGCUGGUUAUUUGGAUUUUGGCCAUAUCAACGGAUCACUGGAUUAUCAUAUCAGGCGGAAAAGGCAUCUUUAUACCGGAAUCGCGUAGGUUCUUUAUGUCCUCACACUCGGGAUUGUGGCGUCAUUGUCGCAACACGAUCGUCCCGAAUGCCCUAACCAAUGCCCAGGUUGUGCGCAACUUUAGCUCCAUGUCCUACACAUCGCAGUCACUGAUCAACGACGCCAAGCGUAAUCUCACCCACAUGGAGUUCAUUAAGGAUUUCGCUGAGGAGAAGCUGGAUGGUUCAAAUGCGUUUACGGAGAACGCUCGUCGACGCAUGUUCGCCCAUUGGGCGCGUGGUGAGGAUGAGGAGUUUCAAACAUUUCGCACUGCCUUCCACAAGCUCGUCAUGUCAACGGAGGCGAGUCAGCGUGAAUUUAAUGCGACGGCCACAAAACCCAUACCCAUCGAUCCGCUCGAUGUCAAGGGCAUCAUUUCACGUGGCACUUUCGGAUCGGCACUGCAGCGUGUCAAGUAUAACAACACGUGGUCCUACUAUGUUAUACCGGAGGUGGCACAGCAGUCCAUAUUUACCAACUGGACGGAUUAUCCGCUUGUGGUGCGCCUGCUGGGCACCUACAUCCGUGACAUUGGUAUUCCCGCCUAUGUGCUCAACGAUGAGCGGGUCAUUAUGAUAUUGGUGCCACCGCUGCCACCGAAAAAAGGCGGACAAACCGCCUACUACAGCUAUAUACCCUACCCGCGUUGCAAGUACAUUGACAUGUUUCUGAAUCCCCAAACUCUGCGCAAUGAGCCCGGCUUUGAUGAAGAAUUAAUGGUGAUGUGGUUUUUUCUUUCAGACUAUAUACGGACGCAGGCAUCCUUUGCCUGCAUUACGUUAUUUGUCAUGAGCUUGGGAGCUGUGUUCUCUUUCUACACGUUCAUGAAUCCCCGCUAUAUGUUCAAACGUCUGGCUGGUGGCAUCCACUUGGUAGCGGCAUCCACAGCUUUAGUGGUACUCCAGGUUCUGUUCUCCUCCAUCACCUACACCAAAGAUCAUUUGUUCUAUGCAUAUCCGGAUGGUGCAGAAUUGACCUAUGGCUAUGGCGUCUAUCUGGCGUGGUUUACGUUCGUCGUCAAUAUUGUGUGCGGUUUAAUGUUCCUCUGGUAUUCGGGUAAGAAAAAGGGCGCCAAAGCGCCAAAUGAUGAAGUUGCCAUGGCCGACGAGCCGACCAUAAUGGGCAGAUAAGGAAGGCCGACUUCUUCUGCCAUCAAAGACCAAAGAAAUCGACCAUCUGGGUCGAUUUUACUUAUAGUAGUUUCACUAUUGUUACUUGUUAUCUUUUUAAUAAUACAUAUUGUAUAAUUCGAGUUUUUUGGGAUUAUAAUGAUUUAAGAACUCGACACAAUAAAUAAAUAUUUUGUUUACCUGUAAAACA